GAGCUGGGGAGCCGGCCGGCAGGUGGGAGGGCGCGGUAGCCGUGGGGUGCGUGUGGACGCGUGGGAGCGGGGCGUAGAGAAGCGAGGCGCGGCCAGAGGUUUCACGCGUGGUCGCAGCGGUUCCGUCACGGGCCUCGGGAGGUGCGGGACUCGCUACGCUGAGGUGGGCGCUGCCCGAGUGUCUGCGGAAUGCUCUGCCCGCAGGUGGUGCACCCUUCUCCCUGUGAGUUCAGAGCAGAUCUGCUAUUUCUGUGAGGCAAGAUAAGGAGAUGCCUUUACAGAGCUCUUCUAGUUGACAGUUACUUGGUUAAGUAAAUUCUCCUGAGGAUAGCCCUCUGUAUUCUCUAGAGAUGACAGCUGUGGAAGUGCUAGAGGAUGAACUGCUUUCCAUUGAAAAUGAGCUGCAGGCAGUGGAGAUGCAGAUUCAGGAGCUGCUGGAUAAACAGCAAGAACUCAUUCAAAAGAAGAUGACAUUAAAAAAGCUGAUAAAGCAAUCCUCAGGAGAGUCAGCAGCAGGGGGAAGUAAGGAGACCGAAACCUCAGUUGAGGCAUGGAACAAAACAGAUUUUCCAUGGUAUGAGAAGAUAAAAACUGCACUGCAAAACAAGUUUAAACUCCAGAAGUUUAGAUCUUUGCAGCUUGAAACAGUAAAUGCUACAAUGGCAGGAAAGGAUAUAUUUCUUGUCAUGCCUACAGGUGGUGGAAAGAGCCUUUGUUAUCAGUUACCAGCUGUCUGUUCUGAUGGUAUGUAUGAGGAGGAGGGGCUAUAUAUAAACAACUGAAUUUAGCUUCCCCCU